UUGUGGCCUAGAAAAAAGUUUCCAUUGAAAACAACCUUACAGACAUCACUUUUGUGGCUUAUAUUUCCGCACGCCUCAAUUCUGUUUUGAUUUUAGUGAAAGGGACUGACACUGUCUUGGCUUUGAGUUUGGUGAGGAUUUCAUGUUUGAGAAAAGUAUAGAAUGAAUGUCAAAUUCUGUGGUAAAGAUUGAUUUUUUGAGAGGUGGUGAUGUUUAAAUUCUUUUUUCCACGUUGUUGAGUAGGGGGUUUCUUACUUGAAUAAAUUUUGUUGAAGUUUCAAAGAUUAAUUUAUUUGGUCUUCAAGUGUGUUGUCAUUCCAACAACUUUCUGCCUUAAUCUCCUGGAAAGUUAAAAGGCUGAUAGAAUCUAAGAGCUUGUUAAGGAAAUAAAAUUUCUUGGGGCUUACAGCGAAAUUAAAGAGUUAUGGAGCUCAGUUUGUGAAAAUUUACAAACUAAAUUAGGUUAACUUUGCUUCUUGUGAACAACUUGGUGACUUAACUUUUAAUCAUAUGAUGGCUGAAGAAUCUGAUAAUGUCCCUUCUUCUGAGAAGAAUAAACCUCCCCUAUGCAUUUUCUUCAGGAAUGCCAGAAAUGCCUUGAAGUUGGAUGAACUUGGUCUAGAAAUUGCACAGAUUGCACUGCCUGCAUCACUGGCUUUGACGGCGGAUCCAGUUGCUUCUUUAGUUGAUACAGCUUUUAUUGGCCAAAUAGGCCCAAUAGAACUUGCGGCUGUAGGAGUUGCUAUUGCUCUUUUCAAUCAAAUAUCAAGAAUUGCAAUCUUUCCACUUGUCAGUAUCACAACUUCUUUUGUCGCUGAGGAAGAUUCUGUUAAUAAAAUCAACCAAGAGGCACAAGAGUUAGAUGAAUACUUCGAAUCUGGUGAAGUCUUGCUACCGAAAACUGAAGCUAAGGCGUUGUUGCCAGAAAAUGAUUCUGGCAAGUCUAGAUAUGAAGGCAGUAGCUAUGAACCUAUAAAAUCUGGAAACAAAAGGCGGCAUAUUCCAUCGGCCUCUUCAGCUAUGGUUAUUGGUAGCAUCCUCGGCAUCCUUGAAGCUAUAAUCCUUAUAGUUGGAGCAAAACCUCUAUUAGACUUUAUGGGAAUUGGUGCUGACUCCCCUAUGCUAACCCCUGCUCAGCAAUACUUGAUAUUGAGGUCACUUGGUGCCCCUGCAGUUCUUUUAUCAUUGGCCAUGCAAGGAGUCUUUCGUGGAUUCAAGGAUACAAAAACCCCCUUAUAUGCCACUUUAUCCGGAGACUUAACAAACAUAAUUCUGGACCCAAUAUUCAUUUUUGUUUUUCAUUUGGGUGUCAGUGGCGCAGCCAUUGCUCAUGUUAUAUCUCAGUACCUCAUUGCAGCAAUACUUUUGUGGAGAUUAAUAGGGCAAGUUGAUCUCAUUCCUCCUUCCGUCAAACAUCUUGAAUUUGGUCGAUUCCUUAAGAAUGGUUCUCUAUUACUUAUUAGAGUUAUGGCUGUCACGUUUUGCGUCACCCUUUCUGCAUCUUUGGCUGCACGACAGGGACCAACUCGCAUGGCUGCAUUUCAGGUCUGCUUGCAGGUUUGGUUGGCAACAUCUCUACUCGCUGAUGGUUUGGCUGUUGCCGGUCAGGCGAUCCUUGCAAGUUCAUUUGCAAAGAAGGACUAUGUGAGGGCAACAGAAACAGCAGCUCGAGUGGUGCAGUUGGGAUUGAUUCUCGGGUGCGGUCUAUCCGUCACACUUGCAGCAGGACUAACUUAUGGAAAAGUAUUAUUCUCGAGAGAUGUUGAUGUUCUCCACCUCAUUAAUAUAGGAAUUCCGUUUGUUGCAGGUACUCAACCCUUGAAUUCGUUAGCAUUUGUUUUUGAUGGUGUCAACUUUGGAGCAUCCGAUUUUAAAUAUGCAGCAUACUCUAUGGUUGUUGUAGCUAUUUUCAGCAUCCUAUGUUUAUUGGUUCUCUCCAGCACAAGCGGGUUCAUCGGACUCUGGGUCGGUCUCACUAUCUACAUGAGUCUUCGAGCUUUUGCUGGAUUUUGGAGGAUAGGGACAGGAACGGGGCCUUGGGAAUUUCUUAGGAGUCGAUGAUUGAUUCAUAUUCAUGGUGUUUCAGCUACCAGUUUGGCAGGUCUAUAGGAAGCUGCAAGACUUUGCUUCCAUAAUCUUUGCCUUAUGGAAGCAAAUUUUUGCUUUUGCAAAAAUAAAUAUUUGCUUUUGGUAAAAUAUAAGUAAUUUUUCUGGGCUUUCUGGUUGCCUGAUAUAAUAUUUCCCAUGUAUGCUGAGAUUUAAUGUCAUACAGAAAAGUUGUAGGUAUACAUGUAAAGGGGAAAAACAUAUUCUCAAUGUGACUUUUUCUUCUGGGGGUAGUUAGUUAUAGAUAUGUUGGGCAAAAGUUUAAGUUGUGAUUAUGAAUCAUUGUACUUACAAGAUUUUAUUCAUAAAGAGAAUAAUACCCAAGAUUGGACUGGCUCUUGUGGAA